CUCGUUUUCGGGCCGCAUUCUGUUCGAGCCGUCUGUUGUCUGUUGCUCUCAUGCGGUGCAGCGCUGGAAAUCCUUAGGUACCCCGUAUUUUAACCAACCCAGGCGUGGUUCAUUUGUUCUAGGCCCAAACCCCGGUCAGGUGGAUAGGAAACGCACUGGCGAGACGUGAACUGCACUACCAUACCAGCACUGCAGUUUUUCUUUUCGUCAUUUUUCCUUUGUUUUAUUUUUAUUUUUCUUGUCCCCCCCUGUUGUAAACAAUUCAUCCCUGUCAUUUAUUCUGCGCGCAGCGGAGCUCAGCUCGGAUUUCCAAGAUUUGACAUUUUGUAAGCUGCCACGUCGGAAUUGUGUGUGAGGUCGCUAGCUGCCGUUAGAGGAGGGUGGAUGGCGGCGGGCGGGGGGCGCACCGAUCGGAUCUCAACGGCGGUUGCGCAGUUUUUAGCUUUGCUACAGCCCAUGUUUGCCAAGACCCUUGCCCGCGGGAGAUCUUCCCCAGACGGGCCAAGGCUCCGAGACGGGACGGUCUGGGGUGCGAUGCUGCACGAACAACACUGCAACAGGCGGGGCAAUCACAGUGUGCGGGAAACCACGGCUCGCGGGCUGGUCGUACUGGUUAUUGUAUUCCCGAUAGCGAGGGUAGGUAUUCGUACUCGAUAAUCAAUCACAAACUUCCAUUCCAGGAAAAGAGAAAAGUGAAAGGAAAGGAGACGAAGAAAAAUCG